AAAAUAGCAAAAAAUCCCCAAACUUCUGCCUUUAACAAAUAAAAGCCCCCCACUUUAUUCAAUGAAAACUACAAAGACAGUGAGCCAGUGAUGAGAGAUACUUGAUUUUUGCCCUAAAGUUUCUUUUUUGGGUUUUUUUUCCGAUCGGAGAUGGAGAGAAGCCGCCGUUUUUUGUUGGAUCGGAGCAAAGUUAGGAUUUUGCUGUGUGAUAAUGAUGCUAAGAGUUCUCAAGAGAUUGUUCGGCUCCUGAGUAAUUGCUCGUAUCAAGUUACUUCUGUGAAGACUGCCAGACAGGUGAUCGAUGUGCUUACUGCUAAUGGGCCAGAUAUUGACAUCAUCCUUGCUGAAGUUGAUCUUCCUGUGGCCAAAGGCUUUAAGAUGUUGAAGUACAUAAAUAGGGACAAGGAGUUGAGGCGCAUUCCUAUCAUUAUGAUGUCUUCUCAAGAUGAGGUUUCAGUUGUUGUCAAGUGUUUGCGGCUUGGAGCAGCUGACUAUCUUGUGAAGCCGUUACGGAUGAAUGAGUUGUUGAACUUGUGGACUCACAUGUGGAGAAGAAGGCGCAUGCUUGGACUUACAGAGAAGGAUGUAGUUGUCCAUGACCUGGAGCUGGCAAAUUCAGACCCUAGUGAUGCCCACACAAAUAGCACAAUUGCACUGUCUGAUGACACAGAUGCAAAACCAAGCGAGGGUAUUUGUCAGGACCUAAAUGUAGCUGAUGUUGUAGAGCAUCAAGAAAAUGAGCCUAAUAUUUCUCCUUUAGAGCUUGCCCAAAAGGCUCGAUUUGAGAAGGAAGCCUGUACUGUAGAAGAUAGCGAUCUUGCAACAGGGAGUUUUUCAUGUCCAAAGAAGACUGAUCUGAAGGUUGGGGAAUCUUCAGCAUUUUUAACGUAUGUCAAAUCAAGUGUACCAACAAGUAAUGGUGACUAUAUCCAUGUAAGCCAUAAUUCUGCUCCAUCUGGACCCUUGAGCAUCGAAGAAAAUCAUCUUGUAAGAAUUAAUACCGAGAGUCACAGCAAUAGUUGGCGACAAGAGAGCUACCCCAAUAGAAGCGUCUAUGUGAGUAAUGGCGAGAACAUGUGCAAUGUGAACAGAUUUCCAAUGCCAAUGAAAAUUCCUGUAAUAUGUGUCUCUUCUUCCAACACUCAGCCACAGUCAAGAAGUGAGGGCCAAUGUGAUGUUUCUGGUAUCCAUCCAAUGUUCCCUUUCCCUGUCUUUUUGCCCGGAAUGAUGGACCAAAAUAUGAUGGCCUCAUCUACUCAAAUGCAUAAUGCACCAGCCAUUAUUCCUCAGUAUAAUGCUCUUCCUCAAAUUCCACAUGUACCUUUAAUGCCCCCUUUUUCGUAUCGUCCUGUUGGUAUAAAUUUGCAGUCAGGUCGUGUAGCAAUAAUGAAUUCAUCUGCACAUGAAGUUAAUUUUGGUAGAACUGAAAGAAGAGUGGCAGCACUUAUCAAGUUCAAGCAAAAACGGAAAGACAGAUGUUUUGACAAGAAGAUUAGGUAUAUUAACCGAAAGAAGCUCGCUGAGAAAAGACCAAGAGUUCGAGGGCAGUUUGUAAGGCAGGUGAAUGGUGUAGAUGUUCAUCGUAAUGAUUCUUCUGUAGAUUGUGAUUCUGAAGAGGAAGAUGAGGAGCAUGUAUCUAGGGAUCUUGAACCUGAUUCUUCUCCAUAACACAUUGUUUCUGAAUCCUGACAUUUCUUAUUUGCAUACUUACGGUGUUUUCUGCAUGUUACUGAUGAGUUGCUCUCAGUGGUAUUUAAAGAAUCUCAGGGACAUGAAAUAAUCCAGUA